AGCCUAGGAUGGAUGCACCGCUGGUCUUGGAGAACUUCAUCGGCGGCACAUUUUCACCUUGCAAAUCCUAUAUAGAUUCUUACGACCCAUCCACUGGAGAAGUGUACUGCCAUGUACCCAACAGUGGGAAGGAAGAGGUGGAGGCAGCAGUGGAGGCUGCCAGACAGGCCUUUCCGGACUGGGCGGCCCGAAGCCCACAGGAGCGCGCUCAGGUCCUCAACAAGGUGGCCGACUUGCUGGAACAGUCCCUGGAGGAGCUGGCCCAGGCGGAAUCCAAAGACCAAGGCAAAACCGUAACCCUGGCGAGAGCCAUGGACAUCCCGCGGUCGGUGCAGAACUUCCGGUUCUUCGCAUCCUCCAUCCUGCACCACACGUCUGAGUGCACGGACAUGGACCACGCGGGCUGCAUGCACUACACCGUGCGUACGCCUGUGGGCAUCGCCGGCCUCAUCAGUCCUUGGAAUUUGCCACUCUACCUGUUGACCUGGAAGCUGGCCCCGGCCCUGGCUGCCGGGAACACUGUGAUAGCCAAGCCCAGUGAGCUGACUUCAGUGACUGCCUGGAUGUUGUGUAAACUCUUGAACAAAGCAGGCGUUCCACCAGGUGUGGUCAAUAUCGUGUUUGGAACAGGGCCCAGAGUAGGUGAGGCUUUAGUGUCCCACCCAGAGGUGCCCGUGAUCUCCUUCACCGGGAGCCAGCCCACAGCCGAGCGCAUUACCCAGCUGAGUGCUCCCCACUGCAAGAAGCUCUCGCUGGAGCUGGGGGGCAAGAAUCCUGCUGUCAUCUUUGAGGACGCCAACCUGGAGCAGUGCAUUCCAGAAACCAUCAGGUCUAGUUUUGUCAACCAGGGUGAAGUCUGUCUCUGCACCAGCAGGAUCUUUGUCCAGAGGAGCAUCUACAAUGAAUUUCUAAAAAGAUUUGUAGAAGCUGCCAGAAGAUGGAAAGUUGGUGUUCCCUCUGAUCCAUCGGCCAAAAUGGGUGCUCUGAUAAGUAAAGCACAUUUGGAGAAGGUCAGAAGUUACAUCAACAAAGCUCGUGCUGAAGGAGCUCAAAUUCUCUGCGGUGAGGGUGUGGACACACUGAGCCUUCCCCUGAGAAACCAAUCAGGCUACUUCAUGCUGCCUACUGUGAUAACAGGCAUCAAGGAUGAAUCCUGCUGCAUGAAGGAAGAGAUAUUCGGCCCAGUGACGUGUGUUGUCCCCUUUGAGAGUGAAGAGGAAGUGAUUCAAAGAGCCAACAGUGUUAAAUAUGGCCUGGCAGCCACGGUGUGGUCAAGAGAUGUGGGACGCAUCCACCGCGUGGCUAAGAGGCUGCAGGCUGGCUUGGUGUGGACCAACUGCUGGCUUAUCAGAGAGCUGAACCUUCCUUUUGGGGGGAUGAAGAGUUCCGGGGUGGGGAGAGAAGGAGCCAAGGACUCCUACGAAUUCUUCACUGAAAUCAAAACCAUCACAGUCAAACACUGAUGGAUUGUUCCGGUCCCUGCCUGGCGGCUGGCGAGUGUUGUUCAGUGAUGUGAAUGGAAAACUUUUGAAAGUUCCUAGCCUUGCCCUGAAUUACCAGGCCAUUACCUCUAGUUUAGCCCUAGUUUUUGGUAUUUUCACUUGCUGGUAAAGAGAUUCCCCAUAUGGAUCCACAGGAGGGAAGACUUCUGAUUAGGAAAGCACAAAAGAGAAAUCAAAUGAUCAUUUGUUUCCUCAUGUAUUUUGUCUUCACAAUCAUCUUUUUCUUCAUUUCAUUUGAAUUUUGGGGGCUCCCAGAUAAGCAGACACCUUCAACUGUAUGACUGAAAGACCAUUUUAUAAAGCCAAAGAUAUGCUGGAGUUUUUUGCUUUCAGGGGAAUGUGGAGGUGGCUUCCUUGUCCAUCAGUGGAGAGCCUCAGUGACAACUGCACCCCAUCAUAUAGGCAGUGUGGAUGACUGUGGGAUUUGUCGGAGA